UUGUGUCAAUUUAACUUUAAUUGAUAUAUUUACGUGUUAUUUGUUUUUGAUGGAUUCUAAUUUGGAACCUAGUACCUGACACUAGUUAUACUGCGCAUGAACUAAUGAUUUCAAUGAUUACCGACUCUAGUUCUUUUUCAUCAGCAACUGUAGCAGGCUUUAACAAAAAAUAUUUUAUGAAAAAGUAAUUAUAGUGAAAAUUCGUUGUUAAAUUGGGAGGCGUUCAUGUUUUCGUAUGAAAAAUGAUCGAGUUUACGAUAAAAACACUGGACUCCAACAACCACCCGUUUUCUGUAGACGAUGAGAUGACUGUGCUGCAGUUGAAAGAAAAAGUGAGGGAGAACUUGGGGAUUGGAACACACCAACAACGGCUUAUAUUCUGCGGGAGGGUUAUGCAAGAUGAAAAGAAGCUUGCUGAAUAUGAUGUCCACGGAAAGGUGGUGCACCUUGUUCAGCGCAUGCCGCCAAGCCAGGAGUCACGACAGAGCUCUAAUUCGGGAGCCACCGCCACCAACACCACGAACGACUCUAAUACCGGCGCUCAACAACAGAUCAGGCGACUUAUGGCAAUGGCGGGUCAGCCUGGUUUUAUGCUGGAAGAGCAGCAGGCGCUGACCAUGUCUCCAACCACCGGGCGUUUGGAGUUCAUUCGACGUAUGAUUGCCGAGAUCAGGACCUCCCUCGCUAAUCUUCGUGAACACGUAGAAGAUGAAGAAAAUUCUGCACCAGCUAGCAGUGACGCCCCCGUAGAGUCUAUGGACAAUGAACCCGCCUCGGGUGCGACACAGGAAGAGAUUGAGCCGAUGCUUGAUGAAAAUGGCGAGGACGCUUCUGAUGCCGCAACCAGAGCGCAGAAUGCUCGCCGCAGACAUCCCAGGGCCAUCCGAGCACUGCGUGCUCGGCACUCGCGGCCUCGCGACUUGGGCCAACUGGUUGAAGAGUUGGAGAACCUGCAGGAUCAGUUCUCGCCAUACCGCGCCACUUACAUCACCAUGCUGCGCGCAGCCAACAAUCCUGAGCCUCCGCAAUAUACCGAAGAAGAGCGACAGAGGGAACAACGCACUGUGGACAUGAUAUCUGAUAUUAUACAUAGUUUCGCGCACGCGUAUCACGCAGUCAGCGACAUCAAUUUCCAAGUGGGCCAACGUAACCCACGGCUCACUUCAGAAGCUGUCUUACGCCAUCCGAUACCUAUGCAAGCACACAUAAACGUAGUGCAACCGAAUCGGCGGGUGCAACAACAGAACAAUGCGAACCCGUCUGGUAACGGCAGCGCUACAGCCACAGAGACUAGCGCCAGCGCAGCAGCCGCCGCCAGCGCCAACGCCACGAGCGGCGAGCCCGCCCCGCCCAACAGCCAGGCUGGCAGGAACCCCGGCCAGCCUUCAGGUGUCAACAUCAACAUACAACCAGACCCUAUCACUUAUCAAGUAGAGAUAGAGACAAGAAUGCCUAUCGCUUUCGCUUUAGAGAAUGCCCUACUAAAUGGGCUGACCACACCUGCCAACCAACAGCCACAAGGAGAGCAGAAUCAAGCUCCUAAUCAAGCCGGAGCUCAGAAUCAAUCUGGGCAACAAGCUAACGCAGCGGAUCCGGCAAACCCCCCCGGCCAACAGAAUCAAGCUGGACAAGGCAAUCGUCGACAGGUGCUCUUUGAUUUCGAGAAUCUGUUUAGAGGUUUGGGCCAAGGUGUGGAAGUAGUGAUGAGCAUGGAGGAAAUACCCCACUCAGUGCAGAUGGCCGGGUUCGGCGGCGGGCUCAACGCCAACGGCGUCGGCCACCUGCCGUCGACCAUGCCACUACAGCCCGAUGGAGGUAACAACCCUCAACCCCAUUUCGGAGCUGACAUUUAUUUGGGUGCGAUGCCAUGGGGUGGGCCGCCGAGCGCUGAUCUUCUGCAGAACAUCGUAUCGUCAGUGAUACGGCAGGGGCUCGUGCCGGGAAUGGAAGGUGUGCUCCACGCUCAAGGGCCCCAGCAGGCGGGUGCGGGCUCAGCUGCGACCGCAGGCGCCCAGGGAGGGCUAGGCGCAGUGGGCACCCUGGGCAGCCUGGCUAGCUUGGGCGGUUUGGCAGGCCUGGGUAAUAUAGGUGCUCAGACCGGACAUGCUGGCCAAGCCGGCGCCCAAGCCGGUCAAGAUCAAGCUAACGGGCAAGCACGACAGCCGAGCCUGCACCUGCGCCGCGCUACCACCACCACGCGCGCCGCCGCCAUAUCGCUGGCUAACCUGGUAUACGACAGAUUCCUCGCUUGCGACAGUCUUCACGCCCGUCGCCGCUUGCAGAGGCGCAGGGAGCAACAUCAGCACCAGAUAGCUCAGCAAGAGCGCUUGCGUGCGGACCGCGCCGCCGCACAGAACAUUGAGGCGCUGCGUGACCGCAACACUAACAUCACUCAGAAUCACAUGCAAACUUUAGUGCAACUGCUAAACAGUUCUCCAUCGCAGGAAUCCUGGGUUAAUGCUCUCAUGGUCGCCAUUGCUCGUCAGCUGUUCCUGUCGGAGCAGCUGCCGUCGGCGACCGGCGAGCCGCCGCUGAUGCCCAAUGAGUUCCAGCAUCUGCGCCUUCUACUGCGCAACUACAUCGACGACCUGCUGGCGCGCUCCGGGAACACCGACGGCGACAAUGCCUUCCAGGCCGUCGCUGACUUCUUCAUUGAGCAGCACGCGGACUUCAUUAACAACAUGAACUCGAUAACGCCGAUUCGUCCGGAGGUGGACGUGUACAUGACGCUACAGGCGCUGAUCCGCUGCCGGCUGCCGGCCGUGAUCGCGUGCGUCAUGUCUGACUCCACGAGCGAGGCGUUCGCCGCGCGCUUCUACCAGAUGUUCUCGCGGCUCUAUACCGACGUGUGCACGCUUGUCACCUACUGCUGCCGGGAGGGCAUCGAUGGCAUGCGCCUCAUUUACAGGGCCUAUUUGGAACAAGCCAUAUCAGGGUUCGAGGAGCCCGUGCGGCAGCUGAUCACGACGCUUAGCAUGGAGAACCUCAAUCAGAUCCUGCACCGCCUUGCGCCACACAUGGACGCCAUACAACCCUACGUGCGCCGCAGAACCUUCCUGUGUUCGCCAAGCCAAACAGAAGACGAGGCCAUUGCAAUGGAGACAUCGCCGCCUAAUACUCCUGCGAUUGGGGAGCCGAUGCAGACAUCUCCGGCAGCCCCUCCCAUGGAAGAAGAGCUGUGCACGGUGUGCGCUCGCGCCGCGGCGUACGCCUCCGCCCCCGAGACGGUGACGGGGCCCGAGCCGGCAGAGCCCGCUGUGCCAUCCGCGCCCCCUGCGCCGCCCUCACCGCCCGCGCCAGGGUCGCCCACUACGCCCGCCUCACCCGCCGCCUCGCAUCAGACCACCCCCAACCAUACAGCUACGUCAACAUCAGAGUCGUCGCCGCUGCGAUCUGCCAACAUGAGGAUUCCCAAAAUUGAGAUCACUGAAACAGCGACGUCAGAGCGGAAUGGUACCCCCGACAACGUGCGAUUUGUACCACCAGUGCUACUGCUGCAGCACUGGGGCGAGGAGUGGGUGCCGGUGUUCACGCGCGACCAACAGCGGCAGCAGGAGCGCCCAGCCACGCCGGAGCCCUACAGCGACGCCUACAUGUCCGGCAUGCCCGCUCGCAAGCGCCGAUGCGUGCGCCAGAACAGACCGCCCACACAGCUUGAACCGCUUCUUAAUGUGAGCGUGCGCGAGGCGGUGGAGCGCAGCGCGCCGGUGCCGGACAACAUGCCGCUGCGCCGCGCCUUCCGCGAGUACAUGCGCAACGCCGCGCGCACCCGCGCCGUCUCCUCCGAAGACUACGAUCCACAACACUAUGCAUCCGCUGAGCGUUUCCUUGGCCCGACUAGGCACAAUCCAGAGCAACCUGAGAGCGCUAAGGAGCCCCAGUAAAUGUAAUCAAGUCCUUUUAACAUGCGAAGUCCAGUCCUUUGUUCUUUAAUGUGAUGUAAUGAGAAUGGGCUUAUUUUAGAUAUGUAGUGUAACUAGUCUCUAUGUGACCCCAAAUUGUAAUUAUCAUGUUGCAUUUUAAAUCGCUUGGUCCAUGUCAUUCUUGUAAAUUUAUUUAUAAAGUUGAUAACGGAAUUUGAUUAGGUAUUAUGUAAAACAAAUAUUUUUACUUCUUAAUGAAUGGUUUAACACUGCUCUGCUUUUUAAUAUUUUAUUAUGUAUAAUAAUAAUAACUUGGUGUAUUGUAUAGUUAUUUGAAAUGAAUUAACUCUACGUAUCAGUGUAACACGUGUAGGCGACUUUUAUCUGUAGUCAUAUUAUAUCAAUAAACUACAUUCAGUGAUAAUAACUA